AUGCCGUCGCAACCCCCGUUUCCGCCGCUCCUCGCGCCAUAUCUAUCAACCCAGCCAGAGGCAUCGCUCACACUAGUCUCCUCCAUACUUGGCGCAACAUCAAAUUGGCUGGUGCUAAGAUUUCUUCAUGCAUCAUUGAGCACUUCGUCAACCCUCAAUGUUUCCCUUGGAUUGGGAGACUCGCACAAUGGAACCAAGAAGGUUGUGCUCGUGAGCUUUUUGCGCAGCUGGGAGUUUUGGAGAGCAGAAGCCAAACGAUUGGGUCUUGAUCUUGCUCGUUUGGCAGAUAAGAAACAGUUCGCAUUUGUGGACGGCCUUUCAGAGCUAUUCUCUGCGCCUCAAACGGCAAGUACUAUGCCGAAUGUAUCUUCGGUUGCAAGUGGCCCGACGCGCACAUCUCUUCCACUUCGGUCCCAGCCUGGUGCUGUGCCUGGGAGAGGACCUCCCUUAGCAGCAUCUGCAUCAGCCAUGAAUAACGGCGAUGCCGCCCACAGCCAGACUCAGCAAGGUAUUGCGAAGAAACUCCAUUUCUCUGGACGAGGCAUUGGAUCAAUGGAGGAUGGAGAAGAGUUACUGCUUAUUGUCGACCAACCGGAUUGCCUGCUUGCCGCUACGGGACCGGUGAUGGGAAUCGGUGCUACGGAAAUGGCGGAGUGGGUUUCGGGUCUACAACAGCAUGUGCACGCGACAAUCGUCACUCUGGCUGCUGAUUCCCCGCUGAUCCACAAUGCAUCCACAUCUGGGCAUCAAACGGCUACGCCAGUAGAGUCGGAGCAUGCCGCAUUAGCUAUCAGUUUGGCGCAUCGGGCAAGGUCGGUCAUGCAGCUCCGGACCCUGGAGACAGGAGCCGCAAGAGACGUGAGUGGCGUGCUCAGGAUCAGCCGGGGAGGUGGCGCAGACGAUUCUCUGGAAGAGAGGGAGUUGCUGUACUAUAUCCAGCGGGAUGGUGGGUUGACAGUGUUUGGGCGUGGGGAGUCGUGA